UGGAAAACGCUCGUGCAGAAGGGAAGCAAGAGAGAGUCAUUACACGAAUGUUUGGAAUUCCACUUCCGUUUGGUGGAUUUCAAGAAGUCUCCAGAACUUUAAAUUAGCUUUGUGCUCUGCACGUCUCGAUAAGAGGCGCAUUUAUUGUGUUGCUAAUCAAAUGGCUUCUUCACCGCAGAAAUCACCGUCCUCACCAAAAUCUCCCACUCCGAAGUCGCCUUCCUCCAGGAAAAAAGAUGACUCUUUUCUUGGAAAACUUGGAGGAACUUUAUCAAGAAGGAAAAAGGCAAAAGAAGUGUCUGAGCUCCAGGAGGAAGGAAUGAAUGCAAUUAACCUGCCCCUCAGUCCCACACCGUUUGAGCUGGACCCUGAAGACACCAUGCUUGAUGAGAAUGAAGUCCGUACCAUGGUUGAUCCCAACUCAAGGAACGAUCCCAAACUCCAAGAGAUAAUGAAGGUGCUCAUUGACUGGAUCAAUGACGUGUUGGUGGGAGAGCGAAUCAUUGUUAAGGAUCUAGCUGAAGACCUCUAUGAUGGGCAGGUUCUUCAAAAACUCUUUGAGAACCUGGAGGGAGAGAAGCUGAAUGUGGCUGAGGUGACUCAGUGUGAGAUCGCUCAGAAACAGAAGCUGCAGACAGUUCUGGAAAAGAUCAAUGACACCCUCAAAAUUUCCUCCAGGAACACUAAAUGGAAUGUUGACUCUGUUCAUGCUAAGAACAUUGUGGCCAUUCUUCACCUGCUGGUGGCUCUUUCUCAGUAUUUCCGGGCCCCUAUCAGACUGCCAGACCAUGUGUCCAUUCAAGUUGUGGUGGUUCAGAAACGAGAAGGAAUACUUCAGUCUCGGCAGAUUCAGGAGGAAAUUACAGGCAACAUAGGGGCAUCGUCUGGAAGAUAUGAGCGAGAUGCCUUUGAUACACUUUUUGACCAUGCGCCAGAUAAACUGAAUGUGGUGAAAAAGACUCUUAUCACAUUUGUGAACAAGCACUUAAACAAGUUGAAUCUGGAGGUAUCCGAGCUGGAAACUCAGUUUGCGGAUGGCGUGUACCUGGUCUUACUGAUGGGACUCCUAGAAGGAUACUUUGUGCCCCUCUAUAACUUCUUCCUCAUCCCUGAAAAUUUUGAUCAUAAGGUGCACAAUGUUUCAUUUUCCUUUGAACUGAUGCAAGAUGGCAGUUUGGAGAAGCCAAAGCCCAGGCCAGAAGACAUUGUCAACUGUGACCUCAAGUCCACACUGAGGGUCCUCUACAACCUCUUCACCAAGUACAGGAAUCUGGAGUGACAGAGAAGCUGAAAUGUCUCAAUUUAAUCAAACUACCAAAAUGCUCAACACACAGACAUCACAUCCUUAUCAGUAUUUUGCUAUCUCUUUGUUUAAUGUAUUUCUUUUAUGUUUGAAAUUGAGAAUGUAUAUUUAUU